AUGGACGCAUCCUACGACGAGAAGGACCAAGCCCCGGUCACAGGUCCCAUCGAUCAAGUCAACCCAAGCGCCGUCGCGACGGGCUGCAGUGGCACCUGUGCACGCCGUCACCACCACGGUCAUCACCAGAAUGGUAGCCGAUGCCAGCAGCCCAACCGCCGGGCGUGCAAUUCACGCUGCCACCGCCAAUCCCCUCGUCCGUGCCAGUGCUAUCAGUGCCAGAAGAGCCGAGGCGAACCCACGCUGCAUCCGGCGAUCAGGAUCCCCUUGGCCAUCGCGACCGGCGGGCUCUCGUGCACCGCGAUGGUUAUUUAUCGAGGCUAUGCGGGCCACCGCGCGCUCAAGCGAUCGAUGAAUGCGGGUCUGGGCGGUGCAGGCCAGGAAGAGCUGGCAGUGGGAGACACCGGCGCUGAUCGCGAGAAAGAGGCAGGCCUUUACUCUGUUUCUUCGAAGGGGACAAAGUUUGGUUUGGAGAAUCCCGAAGACACGGGUAGCAGGGUGGAUGACGAUGCUGUCUCGGGUAUUGAUGCGUCUCUCCCCGCUGAUGCGGCGCCACCCACGUACUCGGAAGUCGAGGGGGACAAAGUGGCCAGCGAGAUGGCGGAGAAGAUGUAG